AUGAUUGAGUCUGCUGUAACCAAUAGCUGUGCUUGCUAUAACAAUUUGACCAGCAGCAACCAUACAGAAGUCCUGAGUUCAGACCCAAAGCUGGUGGCAUACAGUCAAAUAGCUGUUGCUGUUAACUUCUAUCUAAACUACAUCCUGUUGCACCUCCUGUGUUUCCUGGGUGUGGUGGGCAACACACUCAACAUCAUCAUCCUCUGGCACCAUGGCUUCAGCGACACGACCAACAUUGUGCUGACGUCACUAUCCUUCACCGAUCUGGUGUUUUCAAUCACCCAAUGUCUGUGUCGUGUCUACAACAUCGUGGCUCUGUGGGACCCCGUGGCUGCCUACUCGCUCUACUCGUACUACGCCACCUACCUCAGCAACAUCAACCAGAUCUCCCUAGCUCUCAGCAUACUUCAAGUUGCGCUCAUCUCGAUUGAGAGAUUCAUAGCGGUUUGGUUCCCUUUUCACGUGUCUAGACUGCUCACCACCAAACGUAUGAAAUGUAUCCUGGUCUUUCUGUACGCCUACACGAUCCUUCUUACAGCACCAGACAACUUUAUCAUUAGCCUCGAGUGGCUGGUCAUUCCGUUCACCAACACGACCUACGCUCAAUUUAGAUUUACCGAAUUCUUCUACAACAAUAGGAACAAUAUUAUUGUCUACAGCUCCUAUAUAAGAAACAAUCUAAUAGGAACGGUACCUUUGGCCGUGGUUCUGUUAUCCACAUGUAUGAUCAUCAUUAAGAUGUCAAUGGCGUCAAAAAAUCUGAAAAAAAUGUCGACAUCUAAAAAGGUGAAAGAAACAAAAAUGGUGAAAAUGUUGCUGGUAGUGUGCAUUAUUUUUAUUCUAGUCUUGGUCCCAACAACGGUGCUUGACCCCGUCUCUCUUAUUCUUGCUGACAUGUUUACUCAAGACGAGCUUGUUAUCAUGGAAUGUGUAAAGGGCAUCUUGUACCAAAUUAGCGCCUCAGCCAACUUUAUCAUCUACGUCAGCAUGAGUUCGAAAUUUGCCAAAACUUACCGCGAGUUGUUCUGUUGGAAACGUUGCUUUGUAAAUGUCCUCAGUGAUAGCAACAUUUAA